AUCCCAGGGAACAAAACCGCCUGCGUGAUGAACAUGUCAAAACCCUAAUUUCCUGUAUUCAUCCGAUCGUGAUUCCGAUUUGGUCAUACAAUCCUGGGUUUUUCUCUUUAUCUAUAAUUGCAUACUCAACGUCAGAUCCGUUUGUCGUGUUAUUUUUCUUCAAUUUCUCGAUGGGGGAAGAGGAGAGGAAGAAGAGGGUAGUAGUGGAAUCGCUGGGAUGGCUGACGGAAUCGUCGAUAAUGCCCAAGAAGCACCGUGCAAUUGCGGGCGUUGGGGCAUCGUCGAUCAUGGAAUUGAAGGCUCAGCUCUACAGGUCUCAGGAAGAGUCCAAGAAGUCUCGGGAAUUAGCGGGCCCGGAGGUUGAGUACCAACGCGCAAAGUCGAAGAUUGUUCGUAAAGAUGCUUUCUCCGCCAAGAACUCGGGGGUCGAUGCCCGUGCUCUCAAGGACAAACUUGAGCUAAAAGCAGUUGAAGACGGAUCAGUUAGCUAUGCAGCAUUAGAGAGAAAAGCGGAGUUAUAUGAUAAGUUGGUGAAGGGAGAUUUGUCUGAUGAAGAGGAUAAAGAAAAGUAUUGUGUGGACUUUUUCAGAAAGGGGUAUGAGCAGGAUGAGUCACAACCACCACAAAGCCAUGGUGUCUCUCAGACAGCACCGCAAGAAAAUGAAGAUGGUGAUAAUGAUGCUUCCGUGUUGUUUAACAUUAAACCUUCUGCCCGAGCAACUGGAAAAGCUGACAAUGUUGAGCACAAGCGCUUUAUUAGGGAAGUACAUGAAGAAGCUAGUCGAGCAAGAGAAAAGGCUUCUGACAUAAAAUUGCGAAGGCAGAGCAGGUGGCUGCUCAUCGAGAGAAACUAAAGCAGCAUAUCUUCGGAAGAAGCUAGAUCAAAUGAAAGCUGCAGCCAGUGGAUCUGAAUCUCAGGACAAGCUCACAUGAUAGCCACUGAGCCUCUUUCUACCCCAAUUUUAUGAUGACCAAUGUGCAUCAAUCUAGCAGGCUAUCUUGGACAAAAGCUUGAGGAGCCUAAUGGCUUGGUCUUAUGCAUCUUAAAUGUGUUGCAGAUUAAAAAAGGAAGAAAAAACUUCCAACAUAAUUUCUUGAUGCUGCUGCAGCGUUGUGUAUCUGGCUGCAUUUAUUGUAAUGAAAAAUCGCGACCUGACAAGUAAAGAGAAAGGAAGAGGAUGAGCGUCAAGGAAAAACCCUUUUUGCCCUUGUACAUAAUGUAAUUUGAAUGAAGGGUUGAGUUGUGCUUGGAAACGCUCGUCUCAUUUUUGUGAGGUAAUCUAUGCCGCUAUACGGUGAAUCAAUACUUGUCAGUAUAUGCAGAAAUAUUCUUUGGGAUUGAAGUUACACCGCAGAUCAUUUUGAUUUGUUUUCCUUGCUGCUUCUCUCUUUCCCAGAGCUACAAUACAAGCAACAUUUUCCUGAAAUUGUAUGAGUGGCAAUGAUUCAGUUAUGAUGUGAAUGACCAUGAACAA